CAUCCGCUCCCCAUCUGAGACAAACACAGAUCUUGUGCUGUCCAUAAUCUUGGUCCUGAACACCCAUAUCUGAGAUGUCCUGCCAGCAGAACCAGCAGCAGUGCCAGCCCCCUCCCAAGUGCCCUCCCAAGUGCCAGACCCCAAAAUGCCCUCCAAAAUGCCCCCCAAAAUGUCCUCCCAAGUGCCCCCCCGUUUCUUCCUGCUGUAGCCUGGGUUCUGGUGGCUGCUGUGGCUCCAGCUCUGGGGGCUGCUGUGGCUCCAGCUCUGGUGGCUGCUGCAGCUCUGGGGGUGGAGGCUGCUGCCUGAGCCACCACAGACCCCGCAGAUCUCUCCGUCGCCAUCGCCACAGUUCUGGAUGCUGUAGCAGUGGUGGCAGCAGUGGAGGCUGCUGUGGCAGCAGUGGCUGCUGUGGCAGUAGCCAGCAGUCUGGGGAUUGCUGCUGACCUGGGUGUGGAAGACUUCAGACAUAUGAUGCAUGAGGAGCACAUGCUCAGAAAACUCCCCAAUACAUGGUGCUCUCUCUCCUCCUGCUUCCUUCAUUUCUCUGCCCUCUGAGAGGCUGGAACCCCAGGAAACAUUCUGCAUUCUGUUCAGGAGAUAACGGUGCUCCUUUGCCAAUUUGUUAAGAAUUAAAAAUAAAAAAGCCUUGACAACCUUUCCUGAAGAG